UUAUAAGUCAAAAAUGGUGUGUUCAAGUCAUGUUGGAUACAUCGUAUUUACGAGUUAAACGCCCAUGAACGCCACCACAAAGUCGAGUGGGAAACUCGGAAUUUUCUUUAAGCUUAGAGUUUACGAGUUGGGGGCGUCAUGAUCGAUGGAUGCGACGUCUGUAAUUGAGGGUAAUUGUUUAGUUGAAAUUGAUAAACAGGAUUGCAAUAUAACGAUAACUUUUUAUGCGAUACAGAUUAAGUGGCUAAAUAAAUUAUUUUUUUUUAAAUCAAAAACGCAAAAAACACCUGAUGCAAAUAGUUUUCUCUUCAUUUUUAUAAGCGGAGUUAACAAACCCUGUUGUAUUUUCUUGUAAUUUAUUUAAAAAAAGGUAACUUACUCCGCCAUCUUGUGCCGACUAAACUGACUUAAACGCACCCGAUAUCGUAAUCACGACUUGUCAACUCGUAUACGAACUUCUCAGGAGGACUUGAACGCAGAAGUAAUGUAAUGCCGCGUUGCAGUGUUUAUCCAAGUGGUACACGUUGAAAAACAUUUUUGGACAAUGUAACUUCCAAUAAAAUUAAUAAUCUAGCUACAAUUUCUUGCGCUCAGGAAGUUUGACGUGACUUGCCUGGAGGUACAAAGUCGUUAGUCGUUAUUUGAAAUCGUGACUUGUGGGCUUAAAAACCUGCCUUGAACGCAGCAGAACUUACUGUGAAACUUCAACUGAAGUAAAAUGGACUUCGGUGAUGCUAAACAUCUCUCAGAUCUGAGGAUUGUGUUAAUGGGGCAUAAACUUGUUGGGAAGAGUUCAACAGGAAACAGCAUCCUGGGCAGAGAGGUGUUUGACUUGAAGAGAUCUGCUCAGUUUGUGAGAAGACAUGGAGAAGUAGCAGACAGACACAUCACUGUCAUUGAAGCUCCAGGAUGGUGGAGUAAUUACUCUGUAGAGAAGAGUCCUGAGUUACUGAAACAGGAGAUUGUGCUCAGUGUGUCUCUGUGUCCUCCAGGACCACAUGCUGUACUACUGAUCAUACGUGUGGGUGAUAGAUUUAAAGAGACUGAGAGAAAAGCAGUGCAGGGUCAUCUGGAUCUUCUGGGUGAGAGAGUCUGGAGUCACACUAUAGUGCUGUUCACUCAUGGAGACUCUCUGUUAGACACAUCUAUAGAGCAGCACAUUGAGAGUGAAGGACAGGAUCUCCAGUGGCUGCUGGACAAAUGUGGGAACAGAUAUCAUGUUCUCAACAAUCAGAACAGGAGUGACCACACUCAGAUCAAGGAGCUGCUGGAGAAGAUUGAGGAGACAGUGGCACAAAACCACAGCGACCAUUUUGAAAUAGACAGAAAGAUUUUACAGGAGAUGAAAGAGAGAAGAAGAGCAGAGAAAGAGAGAGCAGAAGAAAAAAUUAAGAUCAUGAAAAAACAGAAAGAUGUCAUCAGAUCACAAAUGAGUGAUGCUCAACAUCUCUCAGAGCUGUGGAUUGUGUUAAUGGGGCAUAAACUUGCUGGUAAAAGUUCAGCAGGAAACAGCAUCCUGGGCAGAAAGGAGUUUGAAUCAAAGAGAUCUGCUCAGUGUGUGAGGAGACAUGGAGAAGUAGCAGACAGACACAUCACUGUCAUUGAAGCUCCAGGAUGGUGGAGUAAUUACUCUGUAGAGAAGAGUCCUGAACUACUGAAACAGGAGAUUGUGCUCAGUGUGUCUCUGUGUCCUCCAGGACCACACGCUGUACUACUGAUCAUACCUUUGGACAGUAGAUUUAAAGAGACUGAGAGAAAAGCAGUACAGGGUCAUCUGGAUCUUCUGGGUGAGAGAGUCUGGAGUCACACUAUAGUGCUGUUCACUCAUGGAGACUCUCUGUUAGACACAUCUAUAGAGCAGCACAUUGAGAGUGAAGGACAGGAUCUCCAGUCUCUGCUGGACAAAUGUGGGAACAGAUAUCAUGUUCUCAACAAUCAGAACAGGAGUGACCACACUCAGAUCAAGGAGCUGCUGGAGAAGAUUGAGGAGACAGUGUCAACAAACAGUGGAUGCCAUUUUGAAAUAAACAGUAAGAUUUUACAGGAGAUGAAAGAGAGAAGAAGAGCAGAGGAAGAGAGAGCAGAAGAACGAAUGAAGAUCAUGAAAAAACAGAAAGAUGUCAUCGGAUCACAAAUGAGUGAUGCCCAACAUCUCUCAGAGCUGAGGAUUGUGUUGAUGGGUUAUAGAAGAGCAGGUAAGAGUUCAGCAGGAAACAGCAUCCUGGGCAGAGAGGAGUUUGACUUGAAGAGAUCUGCUCAGUGUGUGAGAAGACAUGGAGAAGUAGCAGACAGACACAUCACUGUCAUUGAAGCUCCAGGAUGGUGGAGUAAUUACUCUGUAGAGAAGAGUCCUGAGUUACUGAAACAAGAGAUUGUGCUCAGUGUGUCUCUGUGUCCUCCUGGACCACACGCUAUACUACUGAUGAUACGUGUGGACAUUGGAUUUAAAGAGAAUGAGAGAAAAGCAGUGCAGGGUCAUCUGGAUCUUCUGGGUGAGAGAGUCUGGAGUCACACUAUAGUGCUGUUCACUCAUGCAGACUCUCUGUUAGACACAUCUAUAGAGCAGCACAUAGAGAGAGAAGGACAGGAUCUCCAGUGGCUGCUGGACAAAUGUGGAAACAGAUAUCAUGUUCUCAACAAUCAGAACAGGAGCGAUGACACUCAGAUCAAGGAGCUGCUGGACAAGAUUGAGGAGACAGUGGCACAAAACAACGGCUUCUAUUUUGAAAUAGACAGAAAGAUUUUACUAGAGAUUGACCCUAGAAAGAAAAUGAAAGAUCAAAUGGACAAAUGGAGAGAGGACAUCAGAUCACAGACUAUGAGUGGUUCAUUCAGAUCACGAUCAGGAACAGACGCAAUUUUUAGAUCAUUACGGUCCAGAGAUUCAUCUUAUGGGUCAGGGGCCAUAAAAAGACAUGGCAGCAAUGGAAUGAUACCACCAAACUAUGCUCCAAUGAAUCCAAGCGACAUGGAUGCACUUGUGAAGAAAAUAACAGCAGAAGUUCUGCUGGAUAACAAGAUUGAUCCAGUGCUAGAGAAAUUGUCUGCGGUAGUGACACAUGUUGAGCAGAUGGAGAACCAAGUCACUGAAGCUGAAACGCGUAUAUUGGCGUAUAUUUUUCCCUUUUAUAUUUUAAGGAGUGCAACUGGACUUAAUUAUUGGGACUUAACUAAGCAAUAGCCUACUUGUAAUAACUUUUUGUAUAGAGUUGGAGGGGGGCAGACGUUUAACGCUCUCAAGGCAGGCGUUGCUGAUUUGCAACAGUUAAAAACUAACUACCUUAUUACUCCAGAUACAUAUUUUAUGUAUCUGGAGUACUAAAAACUUGUUACUAAAACUUCAUUUGAGCCUGAGAGGGUUAAUGAUUUAAAUAUUGAACCCAUCAGUAUAUAGAAGGCUUGCUGUCUCAGUGGAUUGACAAUCAUUUUAUCAAAGCUCUUUCAUCUUGCGGUGUUCCUUUUGAAUACCGUGCAUUUUUUGUUUGUUCUAUCUAAGUUUCAGUCAUGUAAUGUUUCCAAGGAGACAAGAAUGGCGAUCAUUAGUGUUCUCAAAUGUGAAACUGACCAGCAUCAGACUUCCCUUGUCUUUUCUCAGAAAUGUCUGCAAGUUUGUAAAUGUAAAUAGUUCUAUGUUUUAUGUUCGACAUGCAGGGCAACACAACUCUUUUUUUUUCUUCUCCGCAAUAUCAUGCAUGCUAUCACCGUCUAUUCAACUCUAUGGAUAUACCUUUCCUGUGUCUCAGAAUGGAGCAGACUACAUGCACUUCAAAACAUGGCAGGAUAUCUCAAAUAUUGGUGCAGCGUGAAUAUUUAACUAACCCUUGGCUAUGUCAACGAAUAAAAAAAAAAAAAAAAAAAAA